AAGAAACGACGACAAGUCAUGUUGGCACGAAAAAGUUGUUGAGUUAAGGAUAGAACCUUCCCCUAAUAACGAGUGGCGUAACAACCCAGCAAAAGAAAACGAAGCAUGUCCAUCUCCAUCUUCUUCUUCCACUGAAUUCUCACUCACUCUCACACCUUCAUGGCCACUGCCACUUCCCUAUCCUUCUCCAUUUCUCCCACAACAACAGCCUCACCCUUCAGAUCCAAAGUCUCCGCCAUGGCCACCACCAUCGUCACCGCCCCUGCCACCAAGGUCGCUCCCGCCGUCAUUGUCGGCGGCGGAAGAGUUGGCAGGGCCUUGCAAGACAUGGGCACCGGCCAAGACUUCCUCGUCCGCCGGGGAGAGUCCGUACCCCUCAAUUUCGAGGGCCCCAUCUUCGUCUGCACCAGAAACGAUGAUCUUGAUUCCGUUCUUCAAUCCACUCCUCCUUCCAGAUGGCCCGAUUUGGUGUUUUUCCAGAAUGGAAUGAUGGAGCCGUGGUUGGAAAGCAAAGGGUUGAGUGAGGCAAACCAAGUGUUGGCGUAUUUUGCUGUGUCCAAAAUUGGGGAAACUCCUAUUGAUGGUAGGACUGAUACCAAUCCUGAAGGACUCACUGCUGCAUUUGGCAAGUGGGCUUCUGUUGUUGCUGCAAGAUUAAAUGCUGGAAGCCUCUCUUGCAAGGUUCUUGACAAGGAGGCGUUUCAGAAGCAGAUGUUGGAGAAGCUUAUAUGGAUUUGUUCUGUCAUGCUUGUUGGAGCACGUCAUGGAGGGGCUUCUGUUGGUGUUGUGGAAAAGGAAUUCCGCUCCGAAUUGGCUCGCCUCAUAGCAGAACUGGCAUCAGCAGCAGCAAGUGAAAAGGGGUUAACAUUUGAAGAAGCCAUGGAAGAGCGCUUAUGUGCAUAUUCCCGCGCAGUGGCCCACUUCCCCACAGCAGUUAAGGAGUUCAAAUGGAGGAAUGGUUGGUUUUAUUCUCUCUCUGAGAAGGCUACGGCACAAGGCCAGCCAGAUCCAUGCCCUUUGCAUUCCCAAUGGCUAAAAGAGUUGAGAAUUGUAUGAAGCUUCAACUCUAGUGUGUUGUGUGUGCCAUGUGUCCAGUAGUUUGUAACAGUUGUGUAGACUUUAGCCACUAGCUUUUAAGAGUAAUAUAGUUUCGACCCUGUAAGCAAGCGCAGUUUAGUUAGUAAAAUCUGAAUUUCAUUUCCUUCCAUUACCAAGUAUAUUGAUUUUCUAUGGACUAAAACUUAGCUAGUGUAUUGGAUUGAAAAUUAAUAUAAUUGUGCAUUUUUUACUCA